AUGGUUGAGAUUUACAGUAGGUACUUUACCGGACUUUUUGUAAAGAUCCAAGAAGCCACUUUCAGCGAUCUCGUUCUAUUCCGCCAGGCUUAUAUACCUUCAUAAAUACUAAAUGAUUCAUUUUUUCAUUCAACAAACUUCAAUUUGUCCAGAUUUACAUCUGAUUACAAUAGUUUUCUAGCGUUCCCGCUAGUGAGCCUCCAGCUUAUUACAAUAAUUGUCGAAAUGUCCUUGUAAACUUUUAACCUGAAAUACUACCUACUUCCAAAUUUAAUGAUCUACAUCAUCACCAGCCCACAGUCGUCUACUGCUAGAUAUAGGCCUCUCCCAAUCCAUACCACUGAGCCCGGUCUUCGGCUCUUCCCAUCCACUUUUUGCUGGCUAGGUAGUGCGAUGACCUCCGAACGGUGGCCGGCAAUGAUCUACAUUAUUGCAAUAUUUAUAAAUAGAAAAUAUGAAAAAAUUAUGGUAAGGCUAAAAAAAAUAAAAUAGAAGAUUGAUGAUAAAUUAAAUUAACAAGACGCUUUCCUCAUAAAGAUUUAUUUGAUACAUAAGUAUCUUAGUUCUUAUCAUUUCUAAGUCGCCCUUGUGUCGACGUGACCAAACUGAUAAGACUACAAGCUUUGUUGUGAUAGCUGUGUUGUGAGCAAUAAGAUGUGAAUAAUUGGUGUAUCGAUGAGACAAAGUAACUUUUAAUUAUUGUCUAAUCUCAAUACUUUGUCAUCAUCAUCAAAUCAACUUGUCAUGUAAUUUGCAUUUUAAUGAUUAUAAAACUAAGUUCUGAACACAAUGGAUGACAAAAUAAACAAUCAUGCAAGUUGCUCUAGUGUUCCUGAUGAGGGAGUGAUUUCAGUGGACCUGUCUAGAGAUAUAGUCGUCGACUCAAUGACAGACAUGACAGAAGCCAUAAUAUCUCCUAAUUUAAUUGUGGACAAUGAAGAGGACUCUACAAAACUGACUCUGGCCUAUGAAUGGCUGUAUGAAGUGCCAAGGACAAUAGUGGAUAAAUUUUCCAAUCACAUAAAAUAUUUGGAUAUAAGCCACAAUAAAAUUACGAAUUUAGAUCCUCUAGUUCACUUCUUCCACUUAUCAUCAUUGAUAGCCGACCACAAUCCUAUCACGGAGAACUGUGCGCUACCACCAUUACCGAAACUAGAAUUAUUAUGGUUAAAUCAUUGUAAGAUAGCCUCAUUGUACCCAUGGGUGGGUAAACUAAAGGAAUCCUGCCCAAAUUUGCAGUAUCUAUGCUUAAUGGGCAAUCCUGCUGCGCCCAGCUACUUCAAUGGAGGAACUUUCUAUGAAUACUUGCAGUAUAGACUCUUCAUUAUAUCUCAGUUCCCAUUGUUAAAUCAUUUGGACGAUAGAAAGGUCACCGACGACCAAAGGACCGAAGCCCUGAGGCUGUACAAGAGGCCUUUCUUGGAAAGGUUAGUGUCGCCCGGCUCCAGAGGUGGUAUAUCACAGCUGAUGCAAGCCCCGGCUAAAUGGAACACCGUCCACGGGAAACUCAACUCGUUGUGGAGCAAGGCCAAGAAUCGGAACCUUUUGAUAUAAAGUUAGUGGUUUUAUGAGCUCCAGUAACCACUUAACAACGGGUAGAUCGUGAGCUCCUCCAUUAUUCGAACAAUACUUUGCCUGGAUAAACUAAUGGGUGGGACAGUUGAUUAAUUUACAGGAAUCAUUACAAGCGCCUUAACCCUUUUAGUGCUGAGUUUAUUUUCAUAUUAUUAUAUUUUGUAGAAAUCGCUAAAGGAUGGAUCUCUGAAAAAAAGUACAUUACAAAAAAACUUUAAUUUCAAAAAAAUAUAUACAGAAAUCAAUGUUAAAUUCACAGAAAGAUAAUUUUAAAUGGUUAUUUAUAAAUGUUUUUAACUUAUUAAAAACCUUAUACAUGCAUGCACUAUACAUGCAACACGUCCAUACAGGUCUGUACGUAAUACCUAUAAUCAAACUGCGCAAUAGUCGGUAUUUCGACGCUCCGCACUUUAUACCCAUUAAUAGAGAAACGAUGUAUCUUGACGGAUCGUGCUCUAAAGGUUAAAGAGCGUCUAUGUACACUUUAACAAAAUUUACUUUUAAUGAUAAAAGACUGAUUCGCUGCAGAAUCGGUUGGGGGGGGGGGUGUCUUGUAAAUCCGCACGGGUAUGUCAUAGAUAAUACACAUAAAUUAGUUAUAGAUAAUAUAAAAUGUUUACGGCGUCGGCCACUAGAUGGCUUCGCUUCGAUUAGUUUCUCAUUGCCCCUGUAGAUGGCAGUAACAUAUUACGUAUACUUUAUUUUAUUUUUAAUGAAGGAUUUUGUAAAUUUUCAGAAACUACAAAUUGAUAAAAUGUAGUCAACUUGUCUAUAACAAAUACAUAAAUAAAUACUUGUAUGGUUUAUUACGUUUUUAUUAUCUGUGUUUAGUUAUACAAUAAUUAAAUGCCUUAACUUUAACAACAUAUAAGUUUAGGGGCAUCCGCUACAAGAUGUCGAUAGUUUCCAUGCAUAAAAAAUAUUUGUCUUGGGUAUGUAAAAUUACCCUCUCUAUUUUUGCCGUGAAGCAGUAAUGCGUUUCGGUUUGAAGGGUGGGGCAGCCGUUGUACUGUAAAACUGAGACUUAAAAUUCACGUCUCAAGGUGGGUGGCGGCAUUUAUUAAGCAAUAAAACAAAUACUACAAGUUAGGUUGUGAAUUUAUUGUUACUUAAAAUAUUCGGUAAGGUUAACUGAAACAACCAUCAUUACUUCAGUGUCCUUAGUGGGAGCUUUUUAACGUUCUCGAUAGCGUAAAAGUUAACUCAAAUCUCUAUGCAGUUGGUACAGCGCCCCUAGCGGUAAACGCAGGCAAACGUUCCAACUCCAUACGAGUUAACUUUUACGUUAUCGAAAACGUUAAAAAGAUCGCGCUAAGCUCGGUGCUUACCUACAUGUAUUUUUUAUGUAAAUAAAUAAGUCCUUUAUAUUAAUAAAUACAUUUUAAUAAUA